AUGCCUUCAGAAACAGUGAAGCCAAGUCAAUCUCCUCCUGGUGAAAGCGAGAAGCAUAAGAGUCUAGAUAGAGAAAUUAGGGAGAUGGUAUCUGCAAUCACUCAUCGUGUCAGUGAUUUUCAUAAAUCAGGCUCCACACACCAUUUGGAUCAGAAGAAUGAUAUUGAGGAUGAACAUGAUGUGAGGAUCAUCACCCUCGCAGGAAACAAUGAUGGAGCUACUCUGAGAAGCGAAUUAUUGGAUGAUAAAUCAUCAGCUGGCAAUGGUUUUCAUCAUGAUGGUGAACCUGAUGAAGCAUUGAGCACUUACGUUAACAGCAACUUCCAGGCUGUAAAUAACUCAAUCAUGUUUGGUGGUAGUUACCAUGCCAAUGAUCCUGGUGUUCACGUGGAUAUCUCGGAUUUCGCUGAGCCUCCUCAUUAUAAGGCUGAGAAGCAUUGGAAGAAGGGAAAAAACAAAGAGAAAGAAGCUACCAAAAGUGAACGUCAAUCUGGUCAUUCUGAUUGA